AUGGAAGGUGAAAAGCCCGCAGCAAGCAGCUUGGGAAGCUCCCUUCUCGUACCCUCUGUUCAGGAGUUGGUGAAGAAGCAGCAGCUUCACUCUGUUCCAUCUCGAUACAUUCACACAGAUCAAUACCGUCUGAUCUCAUCCCAUCAUAAUGAUGAUGAUCUUGCAAUCCCAAUCAUUGACUUAGGCAUGUUGAUAUGUGGAGAUGAUCAGGAUCAUGAGAUUGAGCUCAACAAGUUGGACUUCGCCUGUAAGGAAUGGGGUUUUUUCCAGUUGAAGAAUCAUGGGGUGAGUUCGAUGUUAAUGGAGAAAGUGAAGGCAGAGAUGGAAACUUUUUUUAACCUUCCCAUGGAAGAGAAAAGGAAGUAUUGGCAGCAACCGGGAGGCCUUGAAGGGUUUGGGCAGCACUUUGUUGUAUCGGAAGACCAGAAGCUUGAUUGGGGUGACAUGUUUUGGAUCAUCACAUCACCUAUCUUUCUUAGAAACCCUUCCUUAUUUCCAUCUCUACCACAAUCUUUCAGGGAAACUAUGGAAGCAUACUCGGAGGAAUUGAAUAAAAUAGCCACAAAAUUAUUUGGGAAGAUGGCAAAAGCCCUAAAAAUGAAAGGAGGUGAAAUGGAUGAGAUAUUUGAAGGAGGGAUGCAGUCAAUGAGGAUGAAUUACUACCCUCCCUGCCCUCAGCCGGAGUUAGCCAUUGGCUUGUCGCCUCACUCCGAUUCCACCGGACUUACCAUCCUUUUUCAGGCCAAUGAGACGGUUGGUUUGGAGAUUAUGAAAAAUGGCAAAUGGAUUUCAAUCACACCUCUUCCCGAUACCUUCAUUGUUAACAUUGGCGAUGUUGUGGAGAUUGUGAGUAACGGGGCCUAUAGAAGCAUUUUGCAUCGUGCGGUAGUGAACUCGAGCAAGGAGAGGUUGUCCAUUGCGACUUUCCACAACCCUAACUUGGAGAAAGAAUUGGGACCUGCUCCUAGCCUAAUCACAAUCAAAUCUCCAGCAUCAUUCAAGAAAGUUGGUGUUUCUGAUUACUUCAAAGAAAUGUUCUCUUACAAGCUUCAAGGAAAAUCACACCUUGAUUCAAUGAGAAUUUGAAAAUGUACAACCAUGAUUAGC